GGAUCUCCCUUCUUCCAUUGCGCACCCCCACUUUGCCCGCCUGCCUCCUCCCCCCGCUCUUGGCCGCCGCCGCCUUCGCCUUCCCUCAUGAAGUCAUUGAGAGUUGCGGGGGGGAGGUGAGGUACGGUGGGGUUGAUCCGGAUCAUUGUCUCUCUCGAACCCUUCCACCAUCACCACCACCACUGACCCCCCCCCCAGCUUUGUGGGUUCGGGGGCGGUGUUUUGAAAGCCCUAAGGCCUCGAGUGUCUCGUUGCGUGUCUUGUGUGUAUACCUAUUUUGCUCUUUUCCGUUGAUAAAUACACAUCUCUUGAGCCGUUUGUCCACGUCUCCUCGCUGAAAACCUUUAGGCUUUUUUUAUUAUUUUUUUUUUAUUUUUCUCCUUUUGGGGGCCACCAUGUCCUGUGUGCAUUAUAAAUUCUCUUCCAAACUCAACUAUGAUACUGUCACCUUCGAUGGGCUGCACAUCUCCCUCUGCGACCUAAAGAAGCAGAUUAUGGGGAGAGAGAAGCUGAAAGCGGCCGACUGCGACCUGCAGAUCACCAACGCGCAGACGAAAGAAGAGUAUACUGAUGAUAAUGCUCUAAUUCCUAAAAAUUCAUCUGUAAUUGUUAGAAGAAUUCCUAUUGGAGGUGUUAAAUCUACAAGCAAGACAUAUGUUAUAAGUCGAUCUGAACCAGUGAUGGGAACUUCAAAACCAAUUGAUGACUCUUCUGCGUCUAUUUCUCUGGCCCAGCUAACAAAGACUGCCAAUCUGGCUGAAGCCAAUGCUUCUGAAGAAGAUAAAAUUAAAGCAAUGAUGUCUCAAUCUGGCCAUGAAUACGACCCAAUCAACUAUAUGAAGAAGUCUCUCGGUCCCCCACCUCCAUCUUAUACUUGCUUUCGUUGUGGUAAACCUGGCCAUUAUAUUAAGAAUUGCCCAACAAAUGGGGAUAAGAAUUUUGAAUCAGGUCCUAGGAUUAAAAAGAGCACUGGAAUUCCCAGAAGUUUCAUGAUGGAAGUGAAAGACCCUAACAUGAAAGGUGCAAUGCUUACCAACACUGGAAAAUAUGCAAUACCAACUAUAGAUGCAGAAGCAUAUGCAAUAGGGAAGAAAGAAAAGCCUCCUUUCUUACCGGAAGAACCUUCUUCUUCUUCUUCUGAAGAUGAUCCUAUCCCAGAUGAACUAUUAUGUCUCAUCUGCAAAGAUAUUAUGACUGAUGCCGUUGUCAUUCCCUGCUGUGGAAACAGUUAUUGUGAUGAAUGUAUAAGAACAGCACUCCUGGAAUCAGAUGAACAUACAUGUCCGACCUGUCAUCAGAACGAUGUCUCUCCUGAUGCUUUAAUUGCCAAUAAAUUUUUAAGACAGGCUGUUAAUAACUUCAAAAAUGAAACUGGAUAUACAAAAAGGCUACGAAAACAGUUACCACCACCACCACCCCCAAUCCCACCUCCAAGACUCAUUCAGCGGAACUUACAGCCCUUGAUGAGGUCUCCUAUUUCAAGACAGCAGGAUCCUCUUAUGAUUCCAGUCACAUCGUCAUCGACUCACCCAGCUCCCUCUCUGGCACUGACGUCCAGUCAGUCAGCCUUGGUCCCUUCUGGACCUGGAAAUCCAUCUUCCGCCCCAGCUCCUGUGCCAGAUAUAACUGCAACAGUCUCCAUAUCAGUCCACCCAGAAAAGUCUGACGGGCCUUUCCGGGAUUCUGAUAGCAAAUUACUACCAGCAGCAGCCCUUGCAUCAGAGCACUCAAAGGGAGCCUCUUCACUUGCCAUUACUGCUCUCAUGGAAGAGAAGGGUUAUCAGGUGCCUGUACUUGGAGCCCCAUCUUUGCUGGGACAGUCAUUACUACACGGACAGUUGAUCCCCACAACUGGUCCAGUAAGAAUAAAUACAGCUCGUCCAGGUGGUGGCCGGCCAGGUUGGGAGCAUUCCAACAAGCUUGGCUAUCUGGUUUCUCCACCACAGCAAAUCAGAAGAGGAGAGAGAAGCUGCUACAGGAGCAUAAAUCGUGGACGACAUCACAGCGAAAGAUCACAAAGAACUCAAGGCCCAUCACUCCCAGCAACUCCAGUUUUUGUACCUGUCCCACCACCUCCUUUGUAUCCACCUCCUCCCCAUACACUUCCUCUUCCUCCAGGUGUUCCUCCACCACAGUUUUCUCCUCAGUUUCCUCCUGGCCAGCCACCACCUGCUGGGUAUAGUGUCCCUCCACCAGGGUUCCCUCCAGCUCCCACCAACUUAUCAACUCCUUGGGUAUCAUCAGGAGUGCAAACAGCGCAUUCAAAUACCAUCCCAACAACACAAGCACCACCUUUGUCCAGGGAAGAAUUUUAUAGAGAGCAACGACGACUGAAAGAAGAGGAAAAGAAAAAGUCCAAGCUAGAUGAGUUUACAAAUGAUUUUGCUAAGGAAUUGAUGGAAUACAAAAAGAUUCAAAAGGAGCGUAGGCGCUCAUUUUCCAGGUCUAAAAGUCCUUAUAGUGGUUCUUCCUACUCAAGAAGUUCAUACACUUAUUCAAAAUCAAGAUCUGGCUCAACUCGUUCACGUUCCUAUUCUCGGUCAUUUAGCCGUUCACACUCUCGUUCCUAUUCACGAUCGCCACCGUACCCUAGAAGAGGCCGAGGCAAAAGUCGGAAUUAUCGUUCACGCUCCAGAUCUCAUGGAUAUCAUCGAUCUAGGUCAAGGUCACCCCCCUAUAGACGUUACCACUCAAGAUCAAGAUCUCCUCAGGCAUUUAGGGGACAGUCUCCCAAUAAACGUAAUGUGCCUCAGGGCGAAACAGAACGUGAAUAUUUUAAUAGAUACAGAGAAGUUCCGCCACCUUAUGACAUAAAAGCUUAUUAUGGGAGAAGUGUUGACUUUAGAGACCCAUUUGAAAAAGAGCGUUACCGAGAGUGGGAGAGGAAAUACAGAGAAUGGUAUGAAAAAUAUUAUAAAGGGUACGCCGCAGGAGCACAGCCAAGACCGUCAGCCAAUAGAGAGAACUUUUCUCCAGAAAGAUUUUUACCACUAAGUAUCAGGAAUUCUCCCUUUACAAGAGGCCGCCGAGAAGAUUAUUCUGGUGGACAAAGUCAUAGAAGUCGAAACAUUGGUGGCAGCUAUCCAGAAAAGCUUUCUACAAGAGACAGUCAUAAUCAGAAGGACAAUACAAAGUCAAAGGAGAAGGAAAGCGAAAGCAUUCCAGGUGAUGGUAAAGGAAACAAACAUAAGAAACACCGAAAAAGAAGAAAGGGGGAAGAGAGUGAAAGCUUUCUAAAUCCAGAGUUACUUGAAAGCUCUAGGAAACCAAGAGAACAUGCGAGUGGGGAGGAGAAUAAAACGGACUCUAUGUUUGUGCUCCCCAGUAGAGAUGAUGCCACGCCUGUUCGAGAUGAGCCAAUGGAUGCUGAGUCCGUCACUUUCAAGUCAGUGUCUGAAAAGGACAAGAGAGAGAAAGAUAGGCCAAAAGCAAAAAGUGACAAGACCAAACGCAAAACAGAUUCAUCUGCUGUAUCAAAAAAGGAAAACGUUGUAAAACCAGCAAAAGGAUCUCAAGAAAAACUUGAUGGCGAGCGUGAAAAAUCUCCUCGGUCUGAACCUCCGCUGAAAAAAGUCAAAGAGGAGGUUCCAAAGACUGAUAAUCCUAAAUCGUCCUCCUCAUCUCAAAAAGAUGAAAAGAUACUUGGUACUCCCAGAAAAGCUCACUCGAAGUCGACAAAAGAACAUCAAGAGACAAAACCAGUGAAAGAGGAAAAAGUGAAAAAGGAAUAUUCCAAAGAUACCAAAUUGGAAAAGUUAAGUAGUAGUAAGGAAGAAAAGACCAAAAAGCCCAGUGAGAAAAGUAAGCCACUAGAUAGCAAGGGAGAAAAGAGAAAAAGAAAAACAGAAGAAAAGAGUGUAGAUAAGGAUUUUGAGUCAUCAUCAAUGAAGAUCUCUAAACUGGAAUCAACUGAAAUGACUAAGCCAUCCCCAAAGCGCAAGAUGGAACCUGAUGUUGAAAAGAUGGAUAGAACUCCUGAAAAAGAUAAAAUGUCCUCAACUGCUCCGGCCAAAAAAAUCAAACUUAACAGAGAAACUGGCAAAAAGAUUGGAAGCGCCGAAAAUGUGUCUAAUACAAAAGAACCCUCUGAAAAAGUGGAGUCAACCUCUAGCAAAGUUAAACAAGAAAAAGUCAAAGGAAAGGUUAGACGGAAAGUAACUGGAAGUGAAGGAUCCAGCUCUACUCUCGUGGAUUAUACCAGUACGAGUUCAACUGGAGGCAGUCCUGUACGGAAAUCUGAAGAAAAAACAGAUACAAAGAGAACUGUUAUUAAAACUAUGGAAGAAUAUAAUAAUGAUAAUACAGCUCCUGCUGAAGAUGUUAUUAUUAUGAUUCAAGUUCCUCAGUCCAAAUGGGAUAAAGAUGAUUUUGAAUCCGAAGAAGAAGAUAUUAAGUCUACACAGCCUAUCUCAAGUGUAGGAAAACCUUCCAGUAUUAUUAAAAAUGUUAGCACUAAGUCAUCCAAUAUAGUUAAGUAUUCUGAAAAAGAAAGUGAACCAUCAGAAAAAACUCAGAAACUCACCAAGGAAGUCACUCAUGAGCUGGUACAACAUGAAGUCAAAAGUUCAAAAACCUCUGCACCUAGUGAAAAAGGAAAAACCAAAGAUCGCGAUCAUUCAGUGUUGGAAAAGGAAAACCCUGAGAAGAGGAAGAACAGUGCUCAGCCAGAGAAAGAUAAUAAUACAGACCGUCUGAGUGAACAGGGAAAUUCGAAAAUCCUGUCUCAAUCAUCCAAAGAGACUAGAACUUCAGAUAAACAUGAUUCCCUUCGAGGGUCCUCAAAUAAAGACUUUACUCCUGGUAGAGACAAAAAAACAGACUAUGACAGUAGGGAUUAUUCAAGUAGUUCCAAACGUAGAGAUGAAAGGAAUGAAUUAGCCAGAAGAAAAGACUCACCUUCCCGAAGCAAAGAUUCUGUAUCUGGACAAAAAAGUAAGCCAAGGGAAGAGAGAGAUUUACCUAAGAAAGGAACCGGGGAGUCUAAAAAAAGUACGAGUCCCUCAAGAGACAAAAAAACUCAUGAUCAUAACAAAGCCGCUUACGAUACUAAACACACUGGUGAAGAGACAAAAUCUGUCGAUAAAAAUACCAGUAAGGAUCGUGAGAAGCAUACAUUGGAAUCCAGGAACAGUAAGGAGGCAAGUGGCAAUAAAUUACUUUAUAUACUUAACCCAUCGGACCCUCAGAUUGAAAAGGAACCAGUUAGUGCUGGUCCAGUUGACAAGAAUGCAGUGAAGCCUAAACCCCAGUUAAGUCACUCCUCCAGACUUUCUUCUGACUUAACUAGAGAAACUGAUGAGGCUGCCUUUGAGCCAGACUAUAAUGAAAGUGACAGUGAAAGCAACGUAUCUGUCAAAGAGGAAGAAGCUUCAGGGAAAAACCUUAAGGAACUGAAAGAGAAAUCAAUGGAGAAAGCUAAAGAGACCAUUGCUGACCCAGCAGCAGCAGCAGCUGUAGUAGCAGCAGCAGCAACAGCAACAGUAGCAGCAGCAGCAGUUGGUCAGGUGGGCAUCCCUCGGAGCCAGAGUCAGAGCAGUCCCAGUGUUAGUCCAAGCAGGAGUCAAAGCCCAUCAGGAAGCCAGACCCGCAGCCACAGCAGCAGUGCCAGCUCUGCAGAGAGUCAGGACAGCAAGAAGAAAAAGAAGAAGAAGGAAAAGAAAAAGCACAAGAAACAUAAAAAACAUAAGAAGCAUAAGAAACACGCAGGCACUGAAGUCGAAUUGGAAAAAGGCCAAAAACACAAACACAAGAAAAAGAAGUCAAAGAAGAACAAAGAUAAAGAAAAGGAGAAGGAGAAGGAUGACCAAAAAGUGAAAUCUGUCCCUGUCUAAAAGGACAGAUUUUUAAAAUUGACUUAAUUACUAAGUCAUCUGUAUUAAAUUUUGUUAUAAUGUAAAGAGAUUUCAAGCUUUGUAAAUAAUGAUAUGAAAGACCCUGUGCUGCACUUAAAAUAUUGCUGCUUGAUUUGAUUUUUACAUCAGAGCUUUAUAACACGAACUUUUGUACAGAAUUGUGAGUUGUGACCAUGUAACAUGAGAGGUUUUGCUAAGGCCUAUUAUUUUUAACCACCAUUAAUUAGUUGGGGUGGAGUUUACUGUGAAAUUUUCACAUUUGAAUUUUUUUAAUUGCCUGGCAAACGCUGAUAUCAGUUCUAAAAUAUCAGCAGAAUGAUUUGCUGAAUUCAUUACAACCCUGUUAUGUCACUUUUUGAUUAUAAUAAAAGUUUUCAGUAAACUUUUCA